CUCUUAAGCAUCAGUCCACCUGCGAGGACCACAUCUGAGACCCGAAUGCCACAAUGACCACAACACAUCGUUAAAGCUUGCACUGUCCCACCACCAGGACCAGGAGGUGGAAACCAUAGCAACAGACGUGUCCUGUGUGUGUGUGUGUGAAGACGGCUGUCUGUUGUAUCAAGGUUGCAUCAGAGUCUGAGGCAUUACCCGACAAUGAGCUUCUGGUAAGUCGACAGAAGACAGGCAACUGUACCACAGUAUUUUUGAAAAUGCCCUAGGUGGAUGUUCUUGUCUUUCCGUCUCAGAUGUUGCCAUGUAAGACCAACUGCUGGAAGAACAAUAACCACAGGUGUACGGUCUUAUGAGCUCAUAUCCCCUGAGUGUAGCUGCUAUGGCUUUCUGUAAUGAAAGCCUGCUGGAGGAGUGUGACUUCAUGGGGCCGGACAAAGCAGAAGAAGCAGCAGAAAGUCUCUCAUCAGAAGGUGUGACUCCUGUUGUAUCAGUCACUCUGCGUGUGACCCUGGCAGCCAUAAUGAUCUUCAUGAUUACUAUUGGUUUCCUUGGCAACGCGAUCGUGUGUCUGAUUGUUUACCAGAAGCCUGCUAUGCGUUCUGCCAUCAAUCUCCUCCUCGCCACGCUGGCCUUUUCAGACAUAAUGCUCUCUUUGCUCUGCAUGCCUUUCACUGCUGUCACUGUGGCCACUGCUGACUGGAGCUUUGGGAGUGGGUUCUGUCGAGCGUCCAUCAUGCUGUACUGGCUGUUCGUACUGGAGGGGGUUUCCAUACUCCUCAUCAUCAGCGUGGACCGUUUCCUCAUCAUUGUGCAGCGGCAGGACAAGUUAACACCUCACAGAGCUAAACUUUUGAUUGCGGGCUCAUGGGUGCUGAGUCUGUGUGUGUCUCUGCCGUCUGUAGUCGGCUGGAGGACGGGUGCAGCAGGUAUUGGGGGCGCCUGGGCGCCACAGUGUGUGCUGGGAUACAGUGAUUCUCUGGCAGACCGUGGAUACACAGUGCUUCUGGCAGUAGCAGUAUUCUUUGUGCCAUUUGCUGUCAUGCUGUACUCUUACAUGUGCAUCCUCAACACAGUGCGUCGCAACACCCUGCGCAUCCACAACCACACCAGUGAGCAUUCCUGCCUGCCAGCCCUCAACCAAGUCAGCAAAAUGAGACUCACCGGGCUGCAGCGACCCCCUCAGAUCAAGGUGGACAUGAGCUUCAAGACCCGAGCCUUCACGACCAUCCUCAUCCUUUUCGUCGGCUUCUCCGUGUGCUGGUUGCCACACACAGUGGUCAGCUUGCUGGCCGUGUUCAGCCGGCAGUUCUACUACAGCUCCGUCUUCUACCCGGUCAGCAUAGGCGCUUUAUGGCUCAGCUACCUGAAGACGGUCUUCAACCCUGUCAUCUACUGCUGGAGGAUCAGAAAGUUCAGGGAGGCCUGUCAGGAGUUCAUUCCCAAGAGCUGCAGACUGUGUCCCAGAGUACCGGGCAGAAGCCGCCGUAGAGUGAGGCCCAGCAACAUCUACGUGUGCAGCGAGACUCAGUCAGCUGUGUGAAACAGAGAGGACCAGAUGUAGAAACCAGCAGCUGUGGACACUGCUAUUUUUAACUCUUACUUUUCCCCAUAAUAAUCAAUCAUAUGCUACUGAAGUUCACUUUAAAAGAAUACAGAGUUUGUUGACAAAAUAAUCAUGCCACGAGAAUGAGCUUUCAAUCUCGAUUUUUAUGCCAAAGUGGGUGAGAAGUCGUAUAGAAAUGAAGAUUUAAACACUGACAAAUGGGUGGCUUCAUCUGCUGAGAAAGGUCACAAUCCAAAGCUUCACAGCUGUUACUGAAUGGACUUUGUGGUGAGAUUAUUUUGAAAGAACUUUCGGUCUCAAUAUAUACUGGUUGGUUUAAAUUCAUGGCCUUUAUGGGUUGUGAAACUCACUGCCAUACAAACAGUGUCAUGUCCUCUUCUGUCAGUUUACUUCUCUGCUUCAUUAUUUGUCCCUUAGUGUUUCAUCAUUGACAUUCUGUUUCUUCAGACUGUGGACUUUCAGUCUUUUUGAGUAGUAGUGAUGAUAAUAACUCUGUUGUUGGUUAUGAGUUUCACAAAGUUAAUGUUAUUAAUGUUAAGUGAUGUUCUCAGAGGAUAAUCGGUGAGCUUACAGAUUUUAAUGAACUUUGUGCUGAAACACAACCUUGUGUGAGAUUAAACUGUUAUUUUAAACCACGAGUGUGUUAACAAAAACAAGUGUGUCAGUUGUGGAGCUGUGAAUGUUUACUUGAUUGUAUUGAUGUGUCAUAAACGACCAAACCAGGUGAAUAAAAAUAGUUUAUAAAAGAGGCUGCAUUGAUGUACUGGAGCGCUCAGAUGAAAAACAUGUCCUUGCUCGCUGCUUUUAAACUGUACAUAAACCAAAGUUGCUGGGAUACUACAAACACGUAUGUGAGCGGGUAUGUAUGUACUUCACUGA